AUGUCGCUGUACGACGCGGCCUGCAGUUUCACCAACCGGAACGGCACGCCGCAGCCCAUUCCGACCAACGCCAAUGCCAUCUUCUCUCACGGUCUCAUCCACACAGACCGAGUCCUCCAUCGACUACUUGUGCGAGAACGGCGGUUGCAAGAUGAUGCGCGCUUCUGCUCGAUCGGCUGUCAGACGCUUGACGACACGAAGACCGUGUGGCAGACUUACACUCCGACGGCCAAGACGACCCUGUACAAGGUCCGUGCCAGGGGCACCGACGUCUCCGUCCGCGUGCCAAUCACACGUCACGGCUCCACGAACCAGGCGCUUGCGCUCAAGUGCAUGCCCAAGGCUCUGAUCGUUGAGAACUACCUGCAGAAGAACGUCAUCUACGAGAAGGGCAUCAUCGCCGAGUGCGACCGCCCGAUUACCUUCAAGCUGCGCGAGAUGUACCAGGAAGCCAACCAAGCAAGUGGAAAAGUCACCUCAGCCAUUGGCAUUGUCCGCAGAGGAGACAGGUGGGUCGUAUAG